AUGACUACUCCUUCUGGUUCUAACAAACUUUCUUCUCCGAAUCGAGGGAAAGGAAAGGGUGUACAAUCAAUUCGGCAAAGGAGGUUGACGAGACAGAAGAAGCUCCGUUACCCUACCGAUCUAGACGGGGAACCGUUUAAAGGUGUUUCGUUUUCUUUGCCGGCGUCGCCUCUCAGGUCUAGCGGAGAUCAUCGCUCGUGUUCCGCUGUUCCCUUGCCGCUUCCGUCGCCGUUCACUCGACGGACGGAUCAUCACGCCAUAAAAACGGUGGAUCAUGAAGCGGCGAGAACUUCGAGGUCUUCAAGUAAUUUAGGUAGAUCCUUUUUUGCUACAGUCACUGAAAAUGGAAAGAAUGAUUUAAGAGUGAAUAUCCCUCCUGUUAGAAGCUUGGUGACAAGCAACAGCUCUUGUAAAGAUACUAGAAAACAUUCUCAUGACAAUGAGUGUGGAGGUGUUACCAAUGGGAAGUUGCAAUUUGCUGCUAGGAGUGCUCCUACAAGCGUAUUCCCCAGUCCUGUUACUGGUCCGCGCAGAUUAAGCAAAUAUUGA